CACAAUCAAUUUAAUCACUUAACACCUCGUUAAAAUUUGUACUAUUACCUUGUUCCAAAGUUAGUAUAAAAUAAUUAUUUUUUUUUUAAUUCUGUUAGUUGCGUUGUGAUCUGUAUUGAAAAAUGGCGAAUAAAUGUCUAUAUCUUAUCCUUUUCCUAUGUUCAUUGGGUUAUCUCCAAGAAACUACAUGUGAAGCUGAUCCACAACUUGGACUCGGGAAUUUACUUGGCUACGGAAGAAGACCAGAUUAUCCUGGAAAUUUUGGAUACGGAUCUAACAGUGGCUACAACUUUCCUGGAAAUGGUGGAUACGGAUCUAACAUAGGCUACAAUCAAUACAGACGACCAUCUCGGUAUCCAUUUGGUGGUCAGUAUCAACCAGGAUAUGGCUAUGGUUCUGGAAGGGGAUUUGGAUAUGGAAACAGGCCAGGAGAUAGAUUUCCUUCUAGUUCAGGUGGAGGUGUGUUAUUUGGAUAUGCGUACCGUGGAGGAAGUAACUAUCCAAAUGGAAAUAUAUUUAGUCGACCUAAUUACGGCAAAAAAUAAAUUUACUAUAAGUUAUUAAUAAAAAAAUUAAAAAAAAUUAAA